UUAGACUCUACAUAUUUACAGUACAGGUCAGGGAGAAGCUAUGGAUGGAUGAAAGUAUGGAUGAUGCUGUAGAAGGUUCAUGGGGCCAACUUGUCAGUAUCACAGAUGUUGACAGUUCACCAUUUCCGCUAGUAGAAGACAAAUUUACCAUUGGGCGAGCGAAAGAUAGUGACAUAUCCUUGCCGAACAACAAACUUGUAUCAGGCAGACACUGUCAUAUUGAAAAGGAUAGCGACGGGAGAGUCUGGCUUUGCGACACAAGUACAAAUGGAACGCUGCUGAAUGUGACUGUGAAAAUUACAAAAGGCAAUAAGAGAGAGUUAAGUCAUGGAGACGAAUUCUUUGUUGUCUACAAGAAGGAUGAAGAUGAUAUCAAUGUGGGCUAUAUGUACCAGAAUCUGGAGGAGUUACAGAAGGAAAUGGAUGCCACACAGGAAUACAGCUCUGAUUAUGGAAUGGAGGCAACACUCUUAGAUAUAUCUGUUAACAUAGUAGAGGAGGAUUGUGAUGAGCAGAGUAAGAAGAGGUUGUCUGAGGAACCAAACACAUCUACCAGUGAGCCACCAGCUAAACGUUUGAAGACAGAAACAUCAAAACGUAAGCCAGAAUCUUCUGGUACUGAAGCUGGUGCCAAAGAUAUCCAAGGGGAGAAAACUCUUGAGGAUAUAGAUGGUCUGGGGAAAACUAAAGAUGAUCAAGGAAAGACAACUGUGAGUAAAAAAGACCAGGAUAGUUCCAAUAAGUCUGUGGCAGGGGCUGAUGCCUGUAUGGAUGGUCCAGACGAGAUAGAGGAAGCCCUAAUUUGUACGAUAUGUCAGGAGCUUCUGCACGACUGCAUCAGUCUGCAGCCAUGCAUGCACUCAUUCUGCGCAGGUUGUUACUCUGAUUGGAUGGACAAAUCAAACGAAUGUCCAACGUGCCGUAUGAAGGUGGAAAGAAUCAACAAAAACCACAUUGUCAACAAUCUUAUGGAAGCUUAUCUUAAGGAAAAUCCCAGUAAAAAAAGAGAUGAAGAAGACAUAAAAGAAUUAGAUGCCAAGAACAAAAUAUCAAGAGAUAUGUUAUACCCAGGACGUAGGAGUACCAUAUUUGAAAGUUCGGAUUCAGACCGGUCAGACUCUCCCAGUCCUCCACCACUCUUGUUCAACCCUGCAACGCCUCUCCUGCAUGGAUUUGGAACCCCCUUUUUUGGGACCAUCAGGCCAGCCAAGACUGUGUGCAGACAAUGCCCAGACUACAUAGAGCCAGCCAGUACAAAUACAGCUACAACCACCACCUGCACUACUACCACAACAGCUGUGGUCCUCAACGCCAUAGGAAACUUUGCAAUGAAUGUCCUAGGAAGAAACGUUACACCAAAUGCAACCACAGGGACAGAUGAUGAAGUUGAGCCUGGUCCGAGUAGAGAACAGUCAAAUCCAGAUGAAUCUGUUGAGCCUGGUCCGAGUGGAGAACAGCCUGAUCCUGAUGUUAAGGUGAUGCCGACUGCACCCCACUACAGAUGUGCCAUGACACAGACCCACAUGAUGUGUCAGUGCUGCCUACAACCCAUGCCAGACAGGAGAGCUGAGUACAACACAGACCCCUUGUCUGUUCCUCCACAGCAGUGUCGACUAUGCUACAGAUCCUACUGUCACGCCUACUGGGGCUGUAAGAAGGUUGACUGUAAUGGAUGUAUUGGAAUCUUUAAAGACAUCAGAUUUGGGAAAAAGUGUCUGCCAUCUCUGAUCCUGGAAAACCAGCAUGAAUCAGAAGUUUUUAAAAAUUAUUUGGAAAAGAACAAUUUAAGUGUGAAAUAUGUUCUUGAACAGUGCCUUGCUAAACUUGAUAAAGGAGAAUUUACUUUUAGAGAUGCUGCACCAGUUCAAAUAGAUGGUAACACCGCCCUAUGUUAUGCUUGUGCACUGAGGAAAUUUAAGGACUUGGCCUAUUUGUUUAGAUUCAGUAUCAAAAAGACUGAUUUACCAGCUGCAGUGGUAUCAAGACCAGACUGCCAUUGGGGGAAAAACUGUCGGACACAGCGCCACAACGUCAACCAUGCACAGAGGUUCAAUCACGUCUGCGGCCAAACCAGACUGACUUGAUGCCGAAAAUGAACUUAACAAUUUUAUCUAAAUAUGCAUAUUUUAAAGAGUGUUUUACAAAGAACUAAAGUGUGGAUUUCAUGUGUGAUAUGGAAGUAUAAUUAAUUGAGUGCAUGUGACGGCAUGAUAUUGAUGAGUGAUGAAUGGGGAUGGGUGUCCUAGCCUGAUUAGGUGUUCCUUUAAUUCAUGAGGAAGGAGACGAAGUUUUUUUUAUAUUUAAUUAUGACGGUAUGGAAUUUCAGUCUGGCUGAGUACAAUUGGACUGAAGGUCGUUUGUUUAUUAACUAUUACACACGUGUAUAAAAUGUGAGUGUAAAAACCGUUAUAGUAUUUGAGAAUUUAUGUAGAUUUCCUUCACAUGUUAAUACCAAAUGUAAGAGACAAUGAACACUUAAUUAGUAUAUCUGCUAGAUCUUGAUACUGUGAACAAAACCAUUAAUUGUAAAUUAACAUUAACUCGUAUAUAAACAUAUUAUGGACUAAUGUAUUUGUUCGGUUUUAUUUCAUCAAACAACGUCAAUCUCUGUCACUAGUGGACAAAGUGUCUGGUACAAAAUGUGACAGUAUUUAGGUCAAAGGACCAUUUUGCUUCUUUAUUCCAUAACAUCCUGGCCAUACUUAUUUAUUUUUUUUAUAAAAGUAAGCUGUACCAUGUCGUUUUCCCUUGUACUACAAUGUUUUUGUCCUUUCAUUGACUGUACUACAAUGUUGGAGUCCUUUCAGUGACUGUACUACAAUGUUUGUGUCCUUUCAGUGACUGUACUACAAUGUUGGAGUCCUUUCAGUGACUGUACUACAGUGUUUGUGUC